AUGAUGCACUUUCUGGGCCAUCGUCGAACGGCCUCGCAACAGAGUAUCGACCCCGAGACACAACAGCAGCCACAGCAACAAUGGCGUCCGCACCACCAGCAUCGCCUAAGCGCGUCUUCGGCUCUUUGGCAAGCGGCCCAGGCCUUGGGGUCCAUUGGAGCCCCGGCCGCUGCCGCUGCUGCCGCCACCACAUCCCCUCCAGCUUCGAGUCCCUCUGCCUUUGAGUCUUUGUCUGGAGGAGGUGGUGUUUCUGGAGGUGUUGCUUCGUCAGCUUCAGCCUCCAAUCCGCCGCCGCCUGCCAAUGUCAGUUUGGAUGGCCCUCCAACUGCAGGUACAACAGGUACAACUGGCGACACCACUGGCACUGGCAGUAGUAGUAGGACGGCUGGCCACACCCGCCCACCCCUGCCCAACACGGUACCUUCCAACUCAUCGUCGGUUUACUCCCAGCACUCGCAGCAAUCGCAAUAUUCGCCGUAUUCUCAGCAACAACUGCAACAACACCACCACCAGCAACGGCAGUCUGGCUAUUUUCAGCCCAACCACCACUCCCAUCCUUCAGCUUCCGGCCCUCCUCCUCACGCCGGGCUCGGCAUCGGGCUCGCUUCUCCCACAACCACUUCCUCCCUUCAAUACACCCCGGGAGCCUUGAAUUCAACCUCGACCUCGACACCAACAUCAACUUCCGCAUCCACAACAGCAGCAGCAGCAGCCUCCUCCACUGCGGCUGGUGCGCCUGGGCCAUUAGUGCCCAAAGAUCCCCCCGCCCUUCCCAACUUCCACUGGGACAGCGACUAUUACCAGAACACGAACAAUAGGAACAACACCAACAGCGAAGGCACCACCACCACCACCACCAGCGCCGCGGCCUCUCGUACGCCCACCACAGCGACCGACUCCGCUUCCGCCCGCACCCUCCAGCCUCACCAAUCCCACUCACACUCUCAGUCCCAUUCUCACUCUUACUCUCACUCUCAUUCUCACUCCCAUUCUUAUUCGCACUCCUACUCUCAGUCCAACCCCUACGCUCCCUCUUCUUCCUCUCAGCCGCCUUCCUCCUCGAAUAACCCUUCUUUCUCCCAUUCGCGCUCCCAAUCCUACGCCCAGCACAACCAGCAGCGUGCCUCCAUCCCCGCCGCUCUGCUUCCGGCCCAUGGCCAGCAGCUGCACCGAGACUCUACCUACUCGCUGUCUACCCACUCCACUGCGACUGAGACAUCAGGGCCGCCGGGCCUUUCCCCCUCCGUCACACUGCUGCCCGCGCCAACGCCCUCCUCCUCCUCCUCCUCCUCCUCGCCAUCUUCCUCCUCUGCUCUCGCAGCCAUGAACCAGCAACAGCAGCAGCAGCAGUCGCCGCAGCAGUCGCAACCCCAGUUCCAAACUAGCACCCCGCGACGCACUGGCACCUACAGCUCCCAGCACGACGAAUUGCACAUGCCAGCGGGCAUGAUCCAGCACGGCCAGCCUUCACCCCGCGAAUACUCAUCAUCCUCUGCUGCCCCCGCCGCACCCCAUAUCAAGCUGGAGCAGUCCUCCCCAAGCACCCACCCCCACGCGCCUCCUUACCAAAGCACAUCGUCGGUGCCCAACGUCUUGCAACCAGGUGGUGCAGGCGGUCGACCUCCCGCCAUCUCUGCCAACACUGCUCCCAGUAUGUCUGCCAUGCAGCCCCAGCAGCAGCAAGACUAUCAGACGCCUUCCAAGCCUCCCAGCUUGAGCCUAUCCCACAGCUACUCGCGCUCUUCGCCUGCUGCCGGAUACGAAGGUGCAUCGUCCUUUGCGCCCUACACGCCAACCACACCCAGUGGUUCGGGAUCCCAAUUCAUGUCUCCGCCAGACCAAAAGUACAAUGCGCCCGGCUCCCAGCGAAACAUCUCGAACACGCCCUUGGGCUUGGCCGAUAUUCGACCCCGCGCCGACUCGAGCAUGUCCGAUGGCGUGCCCGGUAGCGCUGCAUAUGAGCUUGCCAACGCCCAGCCUGGCACGAGCAACUACCUCGCUCCUUGGGCCCUGUAUGCCUUUGACUGGUGCAAGUGGCCUCCCCAAGGCAACGGCGCCGGAAAGCUUGCUGUUGGCAGCUAUCUAGAAGAUGGACACAACUACAUCCAAAUCCUCGAUACCCAAAUGGUCCCAACGCCCAACGAUGUCUACCAGCCUGGCACCCCAAAGAUCAACCUCGAAUUCCAAAAAGUCGCCGAAGCCACACAUUCCUACCCUGUGACGCGCUUGCUCUGGGAACCGCCUUCCUCGCAGAAGCAGUCUACUGACCUGCUUGCGACGUCCGGCGACCACCUUCGCCUGUGGUCUCUGCCCUCCGAGAGCCCUUCCUCCCAGAACAACUCCAUUACCAACCGAGCCAGAGACCCUGCCGUCACAAAACUUACGCCUCUCGCGCUUCUGUCCAACUCCAAGACCCCCGAUCAUACUGCGCCGCUUACCUCGCUUGACUGGAAUACUGUUUCUCCCAGCUUGAUAAUCACGUCCAGUAUCGAUACCACCUGCACGAUUUGGGACAUUCCGUCGCUGACGGCCAAGACGCAACUGAUCGCCCACGAUAAGGAGGUCUACGAUGUUCGCUUCUGCGCCAACAGCGUUGACGUAUUCGUGAGCUGUGGACAAGACGGUAGUGUCCGCAUGUUCGAUUUGCGCAGUCUUGAGCACAGCACCAUCAUCUACGAGCCCACCGGAAAGGAUGAGCGAGAUGCCAAUGGUGGACGGAUCAGCCCUACGCUUGCGCAGCAGACCAUGUCGAACCCUCCGCCCUUGUUGAGACUAGCAACCUCUCCCCACGAUACCCAUUUGCUGGCCACAUUUGCGCAAGACUCAAACGUGAUUCGUAUCCUUGAUGUGAGACAUCCUGGACAGGCUCUUCUCGAACUCAGGGGCCAUGGAGGUUCCCUCAACUCCAUUGAAUGGUCGCCUACGAGGCGCGGCGUUCUGGCUUCCGGAGCCGACGACUGCCAGGUGCUUCUUUGGGAUGUGUACAACAACAAUCCUGCUCUAAGUGGUGGUCCUCCUGCCAACGGUGCCGCCCAGCCAGACAACACGAGAAGCCCGUACGCUAGCUGGCAGUGCGAUUAUGAAGUUGGCAACCUUGCUUGGGUGCCUCAUCUUUCCACCGACCAGGGAGAGUGGUUAGGAGUCAGCGCCGGCAGGGGCCUUUGGGGUGUCAAGACAUGUGGACGAACCGGCGCCUGA